UGAGGGAAAAAAUGGUCGGAGCACGUGACUUUCCAGCUAAAAAUUCCAAGAUGGCGGAUCCCGUCAUGGGCUGAGUCCGUUGGUGGCGCGCGCGCCGCUGUGUCAGCGCCAGCCCCCGCCACUGCCCUCCCCGUGACCCGCUCCAGCUCCCGGGGCCCGUGCCCGCCGUCCAGCUUUUGUCACGACUUAAAGGUUAUCUAAUUCCCAGGAACACACCAGAGUUCAGAUUCUUCAAUAUGGAAGGUCACAAAAAGAGUAUUCAGAGGUUCACGUUUUGAAAGCCAUUAGAAGAUAUUCUGCCAUCCUAUUGGAUUACUUUGUUUACAGCACAGAAUGUCAUUCUGCUCUGGAUUUUAUAUGGUGGUUAUGAUUUAAUUCCCACUCUGUAUAUUUCUAUGUAUUGGUGGAGCAUUGGAGCUCUUUAGGGCUGCUGUUACUGGAGUGGAAACUGAUCCAUUUUGAAUCCCUUCUCAAAAGGACUAGACAUUAUUAGCAAUGAGCUCCCAAAAUCAUCCAGAUGGACUUUCUGCCCGAGACCAGCCAGUGGAACUGCUGAAUCCACCUAGAGUGAACCACAUGCCUAGUUCUGUUGAUGUGACUGCAACACUGCCCUUGCAAGUUGCACCAACUUCAGUUCCUAUGGACCUCCGUUUGGACCAUCAGUUUUCCAUGCCUGUGACAGAGCCAACACUCCGUGAACAGCAGCUCCAGCAAGAGCUCCUGGCUCUCAAACAAAAACAACAAAUCCAGAGACAAAUCCUCAUUGCUGAGUUCCAGAGGCAGCAUGAACAGCUCUCUCGGCAGCAUGAGGCCCAGCUACACGAGCACAUAAAACAACAGCAGGAGAUGCUAGCAAUGAAACAUCAGCAAGAACUCUUGGAGCACCAGAGGAAGUUGGAACAACACCGACAGGAGCAGGAGCUAGAGAAGCAGCAUAGAGAACAGAAACUACAGCAGCUCAAAAAUAAAGAGAAAGGAAAAGAAAGUGCAGUGGCAAGCACAGAAGUAAAAAUGAAAUUACAAGAGUUUGUCUUGAAUAAAAAGAAGGCUUUGGCACACCGGAAUCUCAACCAUUGCAUUUCCAGUGAUCCCCGCUUCUGGUAUGGGAAAACACAGCAUAGUUCUCUUGACCAGAGUUCACCUCCCCAAAGUGGAGUAUCAGGCACCUAUAACCACCCUGUACUGGGGAUGUAUGAUUCCAAAGACGACUUUCCACUCAGAAAAACAGCUUCUGAACCCAAUCUGAAAUUACGAUCCAGGCUAAAACAAAAAGUUGCUGAAAGACGGAGCAGCCCAUUGUUACGGAGAAAAGAUGGCCCAGUGGUUACUGCUCUUAAGAAGCGUCCAUUGGAUGUUACAGGUAUGUCUGACUCUGCAUGCAACAGUGCUCCUGGAUCUGGUCCCAGUUCUCCAAACAACAGCUCCAAUAACAUAAGUGCUGAGAAUGGAAUUACAGGAUCAGUCACAAGUAUUCAGGCAGAGACCAGCUUGGCUCACAGACUAGUGAAUCGCGAAGGUUCAGUAACACAGCUUCCUCUCUACACAUCUCCUUCCUUGCCCAACAUAACAUUAGGACUGCCUGCAACUGGCCCUUCCAGCGGGGGAUCAGGACAGCAGGAUGCUGAGAGACUUGCUAUUCCAACCUUACAACAGAGGAUCUCUUUAUUUCCUGGCACCCACCUUACUCCCUAUUUGAGCACUACAACGUUGGAAAGGGAUGGGGGAACUGCACACAACCCUCUCCUGCAACAUAUGGUCUUACUGGAACAACCAACUGCACAAACGCCCUUAGUCACAGACUGGUAUCUUUCAGGACUGGGGGCACUGCCCCUCCAUGCAGUGGUCAGUGGAGAUCGGGUCUCCCCCUCAAUUCACAAGCUCCGGCAGCACCGCCCGCUGGGGCGCACGCAGUCUGCUCCCCUGCCCCAGAACGCCCAAGCCCUCCAGCAGUUAGUGAUCCAGCAGCAGCAUCAGCAGUUUCUGGAGAAACACAAACAGCAGUUCCAGCAACAGCAACUGCACAUUAACAAGAUGAUACCAAAACCUACCGAGCCAACUCGCCAGCAUGAAAGCCACCCUGAGGAGACGGAAGAAGAAUUACGAGAACACCAAGCACUUUUGGAGGAGCCAUACAGUGACAGAGUUUCGAGUCAAAAGGAGGUGCAAGGGUUGGCCAAUAUGGUACAGGUGAAACAAGAACCCAUUGAGAGUGAUGAAGAGGAAACAGAGCCACAACAGGAGCUAGAGCCUGGCCAGAGGCAAGCUGAACAGGAGCUGCUGUUCCGCCAGCAAGCCCUUUUACUGGAGCAGCAACGCAUUCACCAGCUGAGAAACUACCAAGCAUCAAUGGAGGCAGCUGGCAUCCCAGUGUCUUUUGGAGGGCACCGGCCUCUGUCCCGGGCACAGUCCUCACCUGCUUCUGCCACCUUUCCCAUGUCUGUACAGGAGCCACCCACUAAGCCAAGGUUCACAACAGGCCUUGUAUAUGACACCUUGAUGCUGAAACACCAGUGUACCUGUGGAAACACAAACAGCCACCCAGAGCAUGCAGGGAGAAUCCAGAGCAUCUGGUCCCGCCUUCAGGAGACAGGCCUCCGUGGCAAAUGUGAGUGCAUUCGUGGAAGAAAAGCAACUCUAGAAGAGCUACAAACAGUUCACUCAGAGGCCCAUACACUGCUGUACGGAACAAACCCUCUGAACAGGCAGAAACUGGACAGCAAGAAACUUCUAGGUUCUCUAACAUCAAUGUUUGUCAGGCUCCCUUGUGGUGGUGUUGGAGUUGACAGUGACACAAUUUGGAAUGAGGUUCAUUCAUCUGGUGCUGCUCGCUUGGCUGUGGGGUGUGUCAUUGAACUUGUUUUUAAAGUGGCCACAGGAGAAUUAAAGAAUGGAUUUGCUGUAGUUCGACCUCCAGGUCACCAUGCAGAAGAAAGUACACCCAUGGGGUUUUGCUAUUUUAAUUCUGUGGCAAUUGCAGCCAAGCUUCUCCAACAGAGACUGAACGUUAGCAAAAUCCUUAUAGUGGACUGGGAUGUACACCAUGGAAACGGUACUCAGCAAGCUUUCUACAAUGACCCUAAUGUUCUUUAUAUUUCACUACAUCGCUAUGAUGAUGGGAACUUCUUCCCAGGCAGUGGAGCUCCUGAUGAGGUCGGCACAGGACCAGGUGUUGGUUUCAAUGUUAAUAUGGCCUUUACUGGGGGCCUUGAUCCACCAAUGGGAGAUACAGAAUACUUAACUGCUUUCAGAACGGUAGUGAUGCCAAUUGCCAAUGAAUUUGCCCCAGAUGUUGUGCUGGUAUCAUCUGGUUUUGAUGCUGUGGAAGGUCAUCCUACACCUCUUGGAGGGUAUAAUCUAUCAGCAAAAUGCUUUGGGUACCUGACGAAGCAGCUGAUGGGAUUGGCCGGAGGUCGAAUUGUUCUGGCCCUUGAAGGGGGUCAUGACCUGACAGCCAUUUGUGAUGCAUCUGAAGCAUGUGUUUCUGCUUUGCUGGGAAACGAGCUUGAUCCUCUUCCAGAAAGGGUUUUCCAGCAGCGAGCAAAUGCUAAUGCCGUGCAGUCCAUGGAAAAAGUUAUUGAGAUACACAGCAAGUAUUGGCAUUCACUCCAGCGUUAUGCCUCCACGGUAGGGUACUCCUUGAUUGAGGCACAGAAGUGUGAAAAUGAAGAAGCAGAAACUGUAACAGCCAUGGCAUCCUUGUCAGUAGGUGUGAAGCCAGCUGAAAAGAGACCAGAUGAUGAACCCAUGGAAGAGGAGCCUCCCCUGUAGCGUUCAUUCUGAGCUGGAGUUCUCCUGUUUGUUCGUCCUUGUCUUGAAGCUCUGCCAAGAAGUUUUCUCUUGUUACUCCUGCGUCCUGUCAUGGUUUUCUUCCAGAAUGCAAAAGGACAACCAGGUGUAAAACAAAGCAACAGAAAAAUCUCUCCAUGUUAUAUAUACACGUAUGCAGUAUAUACUUGCAGAAAAGGAAAAAUGCUGGUGAAGAGCAGCAAUGUUAUGGACAAACACGUGCCAGGCACUCUCCUCUGUUCCUCAGUGGAAGCUGAAAGGGGAAUGAAGCCUGUGAAGUCUCUGGCAGAGUUGCCAAUUUUUUUCUAAAAACAAAAAUCAAAGAUUCAACAAUACACGGACACACACACACACACACACACACACACACACACACACACACACACACACACACACACACACACACACACACCUUCAUUUAAAACUGGUGCUUACAAUUUGAUUAUCCACAACUCAGCAAUCUCUGUUUGAACCACUCGACCCAUCUUGUAGUUGUGUUUCUUGGAUUUUUUUUAAUGGCUCUUGCCUGCCUGUGAGUGAAAGACAUUCUCAUUAAAACCAGAACAGUGUGAGAUGGUGUAUUUUUAACAAGGACAGAGUGGGAACCAGAAUUAGCCUUUAUAGAUAUCUAUAUAUGCACAUAUAGAUAUAUAUAAAGACAAAAUUAGAAAGAAAAAAAGAAGGGGAAAUGGUAGUCCAGAAGGAGUUCGGCUUUAGUAUCUCCAAAGCCAUCUGAAGAUGAGUUUGUGCCUUUUUUUCAAUUAAUCUGAUGGAUUUGGGGCAGCUGGAUUUUCUGAAGUUUGAGGAACAAUGCCUUAAGAAAAAACAGCAGCAGUUCAUGAAUAGAUUUCCUCUGGCUGGGAAAGCUAAGAACUGCCAUCAGGAAGGAAGACUUUUUCACUUGUGCUGGCAUGAUUAUGGAAUGCAGGCAUUAGCUGAAUAGAGUGUCUCCAAAACUGUCUACAAGCUUGGAUUUUUUGUUUUUGUUUUUGUUUUAUUGUUGUUAAAAAAAAAAUAAGGUAGUUGCCAAGAAAGUGGCAAAUACUGUUGGGUCUUUGAAAUUCAAACAAUUUUAAAAACAUUUUCAAAUGUUUUUCUCUCUCAUACAUUACCUAGUAAUUGAACUUAUCAAUUUGGUUGUUGAAGCAUGUAAUAGACACAAAUGCAGUUUUAAGAUUGGAAUGCUUUUUAUUAAAAGCAACUAGCAUGAGAUAUUGCUUAAAUUGUUAGGUAUAAAUAUAUAUAUAUGUAUAAUGUAUAUUCCAAAUGUAUUCCAAGUUUAGAAACCUGAUUCUCAUGAAUUAUUGAUAAAAUAUUUAUAAUGCAUUUAUAGAAAAAUAUAUAUAAUAAAUGCAGAUUAUAAAUAAAUUCAGCCAUUGAAAGGUCCCUAGUGAAAGAUUUGUGAAUUGGAAUGUAAAGGUGCUUUUGGAAAGGGAUCUUGUUUGAAACUCAUGCAUUUUCAAACUGUAGGUUGAAAAGUUUUCAGAACACCAACACAUUAGCCACUGGCAACUACCCUACACAUUUGUAUUUUAAUUUAAAGAUUUUAGUUUUGAUCCUUUUCUAACAGAAAUGAGUUUUUAUAGCAAAGAUUAUGAAUUUGCUGUUAAUUUUUAUAUUGAUAUUUCACAGAAACCCUAAAGAAGCCUUGUUUGUGUGAAUCUUACAUUUAUUUUCCAUUAGGCAAUUGCUUUUCCAAACGGUAACAAUGUCUGAACCUUUUUUCUCCCUAAUUUCUUGCUUGUACAUUAUUUUCUGAUAUUUUUUUAGUCUUUUGUACAGUGAGCAGCUUUCUGCAGGCGUAAGGAGUUGUUGCAGUGUCAAAAUUUUAUUUUCAGAAAGCGUGCAUUUAACGAAAGAGGGGAAUCUGAUGGUCUCUCUUGUAUAAUGAUACCAACGAUUGUAUAUUUCCUCAGUUCUGUCAUAAUAGCUAUGUAAAGAAAAUAAGGAGUUUUCUUACCUUAAACAUAGUAGUAUUACAACGAGUGAUGUAUCAUAUCCUCCAUGUGGAUUGUAGUGAGGAUUAUAUAUGGCAUUAGUAGCUACCAUGUUGAAGGCUUGCCAGACACUACUGGGGCAACUAGCAUUCUCUCCCACUCCCACCACCCCUCUCCCUCUCUCUCUCACACACACGCCCACAUUCAUACCUGUUAAACUUCUUUCUGAACCACCCUUGUUGUUAAAACUGUAACUUUACUCCUGCAAAGAUAUUUUUUUAAAUUUAUUUUUAAGAGGAUGUCAUUGUUGGGCGAGAGUUUUAAUCUACAGACUCAUUUAUUUUUCCCUGUUAUAUUUUGAAGAUGGCCCUCAGUAGAAGCAGCUAAUCCUUGGGUUGUGGAGUUAGACAGCUAGUGGAGACUAUAUUGACACAUGUACCAUUGAAAAGCAGUGUAAGAUAGCACGGAUUACUCAGCUGAGCAACCAAGGGUUUUUAUUAUUAUUAUUAUUUUAUUUUGUUAUUAUGACAACUGACAGGGUCAUUUUGUAGUAACUUAUUUUCCAGUUCUUGAAGUAGCCGUUUUCAGUCCAUGCAGAACUUAUUGAAUUCAGACUUGUGGAAAGAAUUUGAAACAUACCACACAUAUAAGCAAGUACAAGAGGGUUCUUUGCUUUGUUUUAAAACAAACACUACUGUAUUUGAGUUUUUGCUAACCCAAGUACAUUUACAGUUAUGAAUAGCUUUGGCUAGUACAACGGUCUUCAGCACAUUCUGACAGUAAGGUUCAAAUGUAAAAAUAUAAUGUAUACGGAGACAUUGGUUUUUAAAUGACCACUUUGCUGCUGUGAUCUAAAACAUAAUUUGGCUGUGGAAUCUUGUGAUUUCAUAUACAGAGUAGUUUUCCCAUUUAUAAAUGUUGGCAAUAUCAAUAUAUACAUGAUCAUUUUAUCUCCAUCCUUCCCCAACCAUUUUAUGUUGUGUUAACACUUAUUUUCAAUAUUAGUUGUGGAAAACAUUCUUGUAUUCCUCUUCCGUUGAGAAGACUUACUGAUAGAUUGAAGUUUUUUUUUAAAUUAGUGUAGGGGUAGCCUGAAAUAUUCAAUAGCCUUCCAUCUCCUCACUUUCAAGAGGCAUUGUCCAUUUCUUUUUAAAUCAUUUCAUUAACUUAUUGCCAUCAAUGGAAAGACUUACCAAGACUCAUCGGUCUACUCCAAAGUCCAGAUCACUUGGAUCUGUUAAAACAUUUCUUACACGACCCCACUCAGUGGGUCAAGUCUGGGUGCUCCAUCAACUGGUGCAGACAGAAUGGAAAGGGGGCCCUUGUGUUGGAGACCACCUGUUUUAUUUUUUUCACCCCUUGAGCCUUCAGCCUCUUUUUCAAGAAGGCUGCUCAAAGUGUUGCUCUGCCUGGGUCUGUGGGCAGCCGGGACUGAGGGGGAUGCUAGCAAACUCUCAGGAGCAGCCAGCAAAAAGGUGCAUGUGCAGAUAGAUCCAGUGAGCAUUUUUUCCAUUUCCUUAGUUGUCACCUUCUGAACCCAAGUAUGAUGCACCUGAGCUCCACCAGCAAGAGACCAGAGGUUGUUCUACCACAACGCAUCACAUGGCUUCCAAGCCAGUGGGGGUGGCCCAGGAGAAUAUCAGCAGUUUUGUUUCUUUGACCUGUCUGGAAAGGAAAGGACAUCUUAGAAUGGUCUUACACAGAAGUGAGUCCCAGUUUGCAGUACACAAUUGAUCAUUUUGUUUUUUACUUUCAAUAUGAAACAUUCCUUUUUUAUUAGUCGCAGUCCUGUAUUCAUUCCAUUCUUCCUUUUGUAAACUUUUUGGGCCCACGUGUUUUAUGGGCAUUGAUAUAUAUAAAUAUAUAUAUAAAUAUAUAUGAAUAUAUUUUUUUAAGUUUCCUACACCUUGAGGUUGCAUGGUCUGUAAGGUUGGCAUGUCUUUAUAUUGUAUACAGAUUUUGCACGCCAAACUUGGCAGCUUUGAAAAAAGAAAAUAAAAUUGUUUUUUUCCCUCUCAUGGCAUUUGCAGAGACAAAAGUUGGGACAUUUUUCUGUCAAACAUGUAUACAAAAAGGAAGGAGAGUGGAAAAAAAAAUUGCGUCUUACUGAACUUAAGAAAUUGUGCUUUUUAUUGUAAAAAAAAUGAAUAAAUAAAAAGGACUACUUAAACAUUUCUCAUUUUAAGAAAAAAAAAAGUUUAUCUAGCACUUGUGACUUACCAAUAAUAGAGUUUAUUGUAUUUAUGUGGAAACAGUGUUUUUAGGGAAACUACGCAGAACACACAAAGUAAACUGCCUGUCAUCUUUUUUUAAUUUGAUUGGGGUUUAUUUUUCUUUGCCGGAAGGGUGGGGGGAGGUUGGGUGCAACAGUUUGUCAACACGUGUAGUCAUUAAUUCUAAGAAAAUAAAUCAUGAGGAAUUUAAAGAGUUAACUCUCCAGCACAGCUGUGUUAACUUUUUUUUAAUUACUUUUAAAUGAUGUAUCACUAGAUUUCACUUUAAACAGUCGUGUACUGUGCAAGCACUGUGGUUUAAAACAAAACUUUACAUCAAAAGGAAAAAUGUUUCUUCAUUGUGAUGAAGUUGAGCUCGUUCUCAGCUCAGUUUCACUUUGUCUUUGAUAUUGAUGAAAAAGUAUCCUAUUGAAAGAAAAUAAAUUAACACUUUUCUGUGCUCCAUAGUGGAGGCGCUAUUUUCCAAUUUAUGAGGAUUACAAACUUAUAUAUAUAAUAUAUAUAUAAAGGGGGGGGUUGAAACAUUAUUCACCCAAGAGCUUAUUACAGAUAUGUAGUAUCAAAAAGUUGUAACUAUAUUAUAUUCUACUUUAUACCUAUACAUGCUCAGUAUGAUGUCACCAUUGGUAGCAGCUACCGGUUUACUCUGUAAUUGAGACACAAUUUCACUCUUAUUGUAUGGACCCUACUUUAAGUGAUGGUAGCAUCCUUUGUGCUAAAAUUUUCUGAUGGUCCUUUCUUUUACUUGGUGGAGUUGGAAUUUGUUUUCUCAUUCUUGUUUUUGUUCUGUUCGGGUUUUGUUUUUGUUUUUUGUUUGUUUUUGUUUUUUUUAAACUGGCCAAUGGUGUCUUUCUCUGACUGUACCGACUUCAAUUUCAACUUUAUUAGGAGUCCAGUAUUUUGUACCACAUUAUGACAACUUGUUAUUCUUGUGGUGUAAAUAAAAAGAAAACAUUAAUUAUAGUA